AUAUCCCCAUCAACUUCACCAUGAGUCAAACAAGGAAGAACACUUCCUCAGAAGGAGAAACUAAGCGCCAGACUUCAUCUGUCAACAAAUUUCUCAGGGGCUCCAAAGCUGAAAGCAGAAAAGAGAACAAUGACCUUAAAACAACUGAUUCACAACCCAGCAACUGGAUACAGAAGACAGCCCCCUCAGAGACUGCUAAGCCUCUCAGUUCAGAAAUGGAAUUGAGAUCCAGUAUGGAGAAAUACGAGCAGUUCCUGCAGAAGCUGGGCAAAAAGGCUGUCAACAAGUGUCUAGAUUUGAAUAACUGUGGAUUAACAACAGCAGACAUGAAAGAAAUGGUUGCCUUGCUGCCUUUUCUCCCAGACUUGGAAGAACUGGAUAUCUCCUGGAAUGAUUUUGUAGGUGGAACCCUCCAUUCUAUCACUCAGCAAAUGCAUCUGGUCAGCAAGUUAAAAAUCUUGAGGCUGGGUAGCUGCAGACUUACCACUGAUGACGUUCAAGCACUGGGAGAAGCACUUGAGAUGAUUCCUGAACUUGAAGAGCUAAAUUUGUCUUGGAACAGUAAAGUGGGAGGAAAUUUGCCUCUGAUCCUUCAGAAGUUCCAAAAAGGGAGCAAGAUACAAAUGCUUGAGCUUGUGGAUUGCACCCUCACGUCGGAAGAUGGGACAUUUCUGGGUCAACUGCUACCUAUGCUGCAAAGUCUUGAAGUACUUGAUCUUUCCAUUAACAGAGACAUUGGUGGCAGUCUGAACAGUAUUGCUCAGGGAUUAAAAAGCACGUCAAAUCUUAAAGUACUGAAGUUACAUUCAUGUGGAUUAUCACAAAAGAGUGUCAAAGUAUUGGAUGCUGCUUUUAGGUAUUUGGCUGAGCUGAGGAAAUUAGAUCUUUCCUGCAAUAAGGAUCUAGGUGGAGGUUUUGAAGACUCGUCGGCUCAGUUGGUCAUGCUAAAGCAUCUGCAAGUCCUAGAUCUUCACCAGUGCUCACUAACAGCAGAUGACGUGAUGUCACUGACCCAGGUCAUUCCUUUACUCUCAAAUCUUCAAGAACUGGAUUUAUCAGCCAACAGAAAGAUGGGCAGUUCUUCUGAAAACUUACUCAGCAGGCUCCGAUUUUUACCAGCAUUGAAGUCAUUAGUUGUUAACAACUGUGCUUUGGAGAGUGAGACUUUUACAGCUCUCGCUGAAAGCUCUGUUCACCUCUCUGCUCUGGAAGUAUUUAACCUUUCUUGGAACAAGUGUGUUGGUGGCAACUUGAAGCUGCUUCUGGAAACACUAAAGCUUUCCAUGUCUCUUCGAGUGCUGAGGCUGAGCAGCUGUUCCCUGGUGACAGAGGACAUGGUUCUCCUGGAGUGAUUUUGUUUUCCAGCAUCGGUCAUACAGACGGGUCAUCUGGCCAAACUGCGAAAGCUGGACCUGAGCUACAAUGACAGCAUCUGUGAUGCAGGGUGGACCAUGUUCUGCCAAAACGUGCGGUUCCUCAAAGAGUUAAUCGAGCUGGAUAUUAGCCUUCGACCAUCAAAUUUUCGAGAUUGUGGACAAUGGUUUAGACACUUGUUAUGUGCUGUGACCAAACUUCCUCAGAUCACAGAGAUAGGAAUGAAAAGAUGGAUACUCCCAGCUUCACAGGAGGAAGAACUAGAAUGCUUUGACCAAGAUAAAAAAAGGAGCAUUCACUUUGACCAUGGCGGGUUUCAGUAAGCUGACUUCCC